GUCGUUCUCGGCCUUUGCCCCACAUCAACCUCGUCAGCCCCGGACUCUCUCCCCUCAUCGCCGCUGCCGUCCGUCGUCCAUCAUCCAGCCGUCCACUCCUGCCUCCCGACCAACUGCACCCACACUCGCCAUGUCUGAAUUCGGAGACUUCACAGCCCCCGCGCCCUCCAACUCGGGCGCCGCCGACUUCUUCGCCGACCCCUCCGACCCCACAGCCGACUUCCUUGCGCGUGAGCAAGCCAUCCUGGGAAACGAUGCCGCCCUCUUUGGCAACCCCAUGGCCGCACCUGUUGAGACGGCGUCGGCCGACAUCUUCGCCUCGGCCCCGGUUGCUGCUCCGCCGUCCACCUCGAACUUGUUCGCUUCAGCUGCUCCCGCUCCCCAGGGCAGCUCGGAUCUGUUUGCUCCUGUUCCUGCUCAAGACAACACCGGAUUCGACGCCUUCGCCUCUCAACCCAGCGAGCUUGCCCCCACCUCCUUCGAAAGCAGCUUCCCUCCUGUUGCCGACUCGGGCGCCUUUGAUACUACCGCUGCUGGGCUGUCGUUCGGCACCAGCACUCCCUCGCUUGUGUCCAAGCUGCCCGAAGUUGAGCCUGAAGUCAUCCGUCAAUGGCGUGAAGAGUUCAGUGCGAAAAUUGCCGAGCGCGAUGCCAAGGCCCAGACCAAGCACGAGCUGAAGCUCAAGGCCGCCAAGGAGUCGCUGGAGCGCUUCUAUGCCGAAUACAACGACAAGAAGGCCAAGGGUGUGCUGAAGAACAAGGAAGCCGAGUCAGCACUGCUUGAGGCGCAACAAAAACUGGCAACAAACGGAAGUGUCUGGGAACGCGCCGUCAAGCUCAUCGAAACUUCGGCCGCUGUCAGCAACACCUCAUCCAAUCCUGCCAAGCUGAAGGACAAAAAGUCCACCGAUGACAAGACCAAGACGAACGUGACCAAGGGACGAGACACCACCAGAAUGAGGCAGCUCAUCUAUGCCCUCAAGAGCGAUGCCAAGGCUCCCGGGCUAUCUGCCUAAGCCAAUCCGAUCGUCGUGGCUCCAUAUUUUUUUUUCCUGGGUCGUUGGCCUGCAGAGCUUCUACGGACCCUAUGCUAACUUGGGUCACUGAAGCGCGCGGCUGCGACCUCUGUGGGUCUGUGGUUGCAACGCUGUCGAUAACGCGCCACCUCUCCUCUUGCCGUAUUUAUUGCGCGAACGGAUGAAUACACCCUGUUCAGAAGCAAUGCCU